CCGGGUACGUCGAGGCGCUUCCACGGCGAGUGUGUGUGUCUGUGGCGACAUCUCUCCCCCCGCAACGCCUACGGACACACACGCGACAUAAGACACGACCCUCGCCGCGGCGGACCCACGCUGCCGAGAGCCGCCAUGCUCACUCGGGUGAAGUCGGCCGUGGCCACCUUCAUGGGAGGCGUGAUAACCGGCGGCGGCGACCACUCGGGCGCUUCGGAGGUGACUCCCAAAUUCCCGUACGGCAGACCGGAGUUCCUGGGACUGUCGCCGGACGAGGUGGAGUGCUCGGCGGACCACUCGGCGAGGCCCAUCGUUAUCCUGAAGGAGAGCAAGCGGCUGCCCUGGUCCACCGGCUAUGCGGAGGUGAUCAAUGCUGGAAAGAGCACUUUAAAUGAAGAUCAGGCCUGCUGUGAGGUGCUGGUGGUCAAGAGAAAACUGCCAGGAAGUGCUGCCGCAUCCACCUGGGGGCCCAUGGCCCGGAGGAGGUCCUCCCUGCCCAACGGAGAGGGUCUGGGUCUCGGGGAGAGCCUGGCCAACUCCGAUGACCUGACCUUCCAAUACUGGGGGCUGUUCGACGGUCACGCCGGCUGCGGGGCGGCCGUAGUGGCGUCGCGUCUCCUCCAUCACCACAUCGCGCUGCACCUUCAGGAAGUGAUGGACAUCCUGUGCACACCCGACCUCCAGCCCCCCACCUGCCUGGGCGAGGAGCCCCUCCGCUUGAAUCACCAGCACCUCACACCGAACUCUCGCGGCCUCACCAGGGCCGUGUCGCUGAGGGGGGCAGCCGGCGCCCCUGGAUCGCCGAGCGCCCCUCCUACGCGCUUCUUCGCUGAGAAGAAAGUGUCGCACGAGAGCCUGGUGGUCGGCGCCAUCGAGAACGCAUUCAAAGACAUGGAUGUCCAAAUAGAAAAGGAGCGGGCCGUCUACAACACGUCUGGAGGCUGCACAGCUCUGGUGGUGCUCUACAUGCUCGGGAAGCUCUACGUGGGGAACGCCGGCGACAGCAGAGCCGUCAUCGUCCGGGGAGGCGAGGUCAUCCCAAUGUCAAGAGAGUUCACGCCGGAGUCGGAGAGGCAGCGACUGCAGUUCCUGGCCUACAUGCAGCCUCACUUAUUAGGAAAUGACUUUACACAUCUGGAGUUCCCGAGGAGAGUGCAGAGGAAGGAGGUUGGGAAGAGAAUGCUGUUCCGCGACUUCACGAUGUCAGGAUGGGCUUAUAAAACUAUCGAGGACAACGACCUGAAGUUUCCUCUCAUUUAUGGCGAAGGGAAGAAGGCUCGGGUGCUAGCGACCAUCGGCGUCACCAGAGGUCUUGGCGACCACAAUCUCAAAGUACACGACUCCAACAUCUACAUCAAGCCUUUCCUCUCCUGUUGCCCAGAAGUCAAGGUUUACCCGUUGGCGCAAUUCGAACACGACACCGACGAUGUUCUUGUCCUGGGAACUGACGGCCUGUGGGAUGUGCUCUCCAACCAGGAAGUGGCGGAGGCAGUCACCUGCUUCCUGGCCAACUGCAACCCCGACGACCAGCACAGGUACACCAUGGCUGCUCAGGACCUGGUCAUGAAGGCUCGCGGCGUGCUGAAGGACGGAGGCUGGAGGAUCUCCGGGGACAGGCUGGGCUCCGGAGAUGACAUUUCCGUCUAUGUCAUCCCCCUCACGCACUCCGACGCACUCUAUUGAACAUAAACCGCAUCACACCACUAUGACGUGACCCUGACUUGUUUUACGUCUUUUGUGGAACCAUCUUCAGGAGUGAUCUACUUCAUCAUUAGAGGAUUUGCAUCACACUUUUUGCCAGGUGUUUUAAUAAUUCUUGGAAGCCAUUCUGAACUUUAUUGGUGAAAACCUACAUGGACUCUCAUAUAGAUAAGUUAUUAUCUGCUUGUUUGAUAGAAAAUACUUGUACAGUGGAAGCUAGCCUACAGUUUUUUUUUUUUGGGUCUUAUUUGGGGGCAGGGAGGGGGGGGGAACCCCACAGUGGAACGUUGAUGCUCAAAUUGAUUUAUUCGUAUUUUAGAACAAAUUUACACAUAGAAAUAAUUGUUUCCGGUGUAAACCUGUCACCGGUGAAAUGCUUUUGACUGUACAGGCAAUAUAUAUAAUUUUUUUCCUAGGUAGUAAAGUCAGACCACGUUGAUGCCAUAAUUUAUGGUUUACGCCAGUCCUAUCUUGCUUUGCAAACAUCCAUUUUGGAUUUGCCAAAUGCAAGUGAAAUGCUUGCCAUCUGUAAUUGUAAUAUGUUUGAAGUAUAUGUGUAAUGGGGGAGGGGCCAUGGCAAGAGUCAAAGUUAUUACUAAUUUCAAGCACACAUUCCCUUUUCAAAGGUAAAAUGUAUUUUUGAAUUGUUUUUAGAAGGGACUAGGAAUAACUUUUGAUAGUUUUCCAUCACUUUCAUUUUCUAGUUAUAAUUUUUUAUGUCAUGUAAAUAAUAGUUGACCAUGUCUUUCUGUAACUGAAUUUUGUACAUCUUAAAAUGUUAUAUUUCAAGUGGUAGCUUUUUUUUUG